CUUCGCAAUUUCCAAAUGGAUAAAAUCUUCCGGAUAAUGAAUAUCAAUAGUUCAACACAUGAAUUAUUGAAUUCCACGCUGAGAAGUCCUAAAUAUCUCACUUCGCUUCUGCUGUUUCAUGGUUCCAACAAAAGUCUGGCCUCAGAUUCGGAGCUGGAACUCGAUUUUGACAAGCUCGAACAUGGAUCUUCAAUACCCAGGUCUCCCAGAAGCUGGAUUUCUGAAAAACAGGUUGAUCUCAGAGAGAUUUCAAAAGCAAGGGAGUUGAAUGUUCAGAUAGACCCAUGGCCGGAGUGGGUGAACUUCAUGGAAUGUUUGUCAAAGAAAGGGUACUUUGAAGGAGGCGGAGUACCAUUUCUGAAUGCUGAAUUGGGUGCAAAAGAUUUCAAUCAUAUUCGGACUGCCUGUCUUGAUUUUGCAAGGGAUCGGUCUAACCUUAUACGGUGCUUGUCCAGGAAAGAGUUACAGGUGAUUGCAGGAUGUGGAUGCCCAAGCAUAGAUAGGAAAGUUGUGAACUCAGGGAAGCGUCUCAGAGCACAUGUGGGCAUUGAUGAGGGAAAUGUCUGCAGUUCUUGCAACCUGCGGGGAGAAUGUGAGAGGGCAUAUGCAAAGGCAUGCGGAGACGGAGGAGGUCGGACCGUGGAUGUCAUGCGUGUUUUGUUAUUUUACGGGCUUGAUCACAUCUCUGCUAUGGUGGAGAACAGACGUUGUGUGAACAAGAAGGCUAAUGACUCUGUUAGAAAGCUGUUGAAAGAAAUUGUUGAUUACAGUGCAGGAGAACGUGAAUCUGAUGUUCUAAAUUCUAACGAGGGGUUUUCAACAGAAAAUCAUGAGACAAAUGCUUCAGCAACACAAGGCGACUGGCAUUGUCCAAAAUGCAACUUCUUCAACUUUUCUAGAAACGUCAAGUGCUUGCGUUGUGGUAGUAUAGCUCUUGAGAGGCUUCGGAAACGAAACGAGGAUCAAGCCAAUCUUCCGUUGAAGAAGGGCGACUGGCUUUGCGACAAAUGUAAUUUCUUGAACUUUGCGAAGAAUUCAACAUGUUUGCAAUGCAAAGAGAAGCCGUUGAAUCGACAGCUGAAUCCGGGGGAGUGGGAAUGCGAAUCGUGCAACUAUAUUAAUUUUAGGAAGAACACGCUAUGCUUGAGGUGUGAUCACCGACGGCCCAAAGCACUAAACACUAGAAACGUUUCUGCUGGACCUAAAUUGUAUUCUAGUAAAUUUGGAAAUAAUUCAAGUAGGAGGAAGAAUGAUGAUGAUUGUAUGUGGAGAUUUGGUGGAAGUGAGGGUGAGGAACACUGCAGAUUUCCGGAUUUUCCAAGUGCAGAAAGUGCAGAGAGAAGGAAAGUGGAGAUGUUAGAGAGGAGAAGAAGCUUGGAAAAUGCAAUGGAGAAAGAAGAAGAUCUGAUGUUGAGAUCUGACAGUAUGGAAAGAAGAAUUGAGUUUGUUGAAUGUAGUGAUGAUGAAGAUAUCAUGGAAUGGUUUGAACACAAGCCAGAACAACAACGAGUCCAGAAGGGUAAGUUCAUUUUUAGCACCAUAAGCUCUAAUUUGAACAAUAUUCUAUUUUUUUUAGUUCCUCGAAACUUCAGAUUACUGGAAGAACUUGAAAGAGGUGAAAAAGGAAUCGGGGAUGGAACUGUCAGUUAUGGGAUGGAUGAUGCUGAUGAUAUCUGUAUGGCUUCUUGGACGGGAACUAUUAUUGGUCCGCCUAAUACUGUUCAUGAAGGGCGCAUCCAUCAACUCAAGCUAUUCUGUGGGCAGGAUUACCCUGAUAAUCCUCCGAAUGUUAAAUUUCAAACUCCGAUUAAUAUGACCUGUGUCAAUUCAGAAACCGGGGUGGUGGAACCAAGCCUUUUCCCCAUGCUUGCUAACUGGCAAAGGGAGCAUACAAUGGAGGACAUAUUAAUGCAAUUGAAGAAAGAAAUGACUUCUCCCCAGAACAGGAGACUAAGUCAGCCUUCUGAAGGUAAUGAGGAUGGACGAAUAGAGCAAAAGGGGCUAGUGUUGAAAUGUUGCAUUCUAUAAGGUAAAAGGCCAAAUAUGAUAAUGUAAAUAAACACAGACAUUUGAUGUUACUAUUUAAGCAACAUGCUUAUGUCUACACGCGCAUAUGAAUGAAGCUGAGUUGUGCUCCAUUAAGUGACAUGUUUGUCAGGAUCUCAAUUUUCUUGUUUGCUAUUUGCAUAGCCUUCCCUUCCCUUCCCUUUUGAACAGCUUACUGAUGAGAUGGUUUCCUUUCGGCUGUUCUUAGAGAUCAGCAAAAGAGAUCAAAGUGAAAAAGACAAAUGCAAGUUAUGUUAAUAGAAAUCAAUCAAAAUCUUUGUA